CAACUGAAACCGCGCGCCGACUCCGGCUGGCCAUAUGGCGAGACGGCCACCUAACACCCAUGGCAAAUACAGAAGAGAAGGAUAACUCUAAUAAAAAAAAAUUAAGUUUCAUUUUACAACUUAGAAUUAUAUUUAGUUCAGGACGUUGUUAUUAGCACUAUAGACUGUAAAGAUGGUUUUGUUUACAAUGCGGUUUAUGGCGCGAUGGCGUGCGUUUCACGUUUUCGAAGUACCCAGGUCCCCGGGUAGCCAUCCCGCCAAUCCCGCUACUACAGCCACUGUACCGCUACUAAUCCCGCUUCCCGCUCUUCCCGCGUCAUUCUUCGCCAUUAUUGCUCGUCAAACAAGCGCUACGCCGAUUCUGCCGAAACUUCUGCAUAUGAAACGGCAUCAUGGCCAGUAAGCAGCGGCCGAAGCAAUACCGACGUUACCUGGCACCUUUAUCCGAAGAGAGCGUGCCGCGGUCGACGCGUGCUCGGUGGCAUCAGACCGAAAAGGUAGGCUUUUAUAGUCGGUGAACCGUAAGAUUUUAUUGACGAAAUCUUUUUGUUGUCAGAUUCUUGCUGAAGGCGCCCCGCGACCUUUGGAGCAGAAGUCAGCUGCGCAGUCUCACAAUCGUGGAGAUGGUCCGCCAUGUUCUGGACAAGGGAUUGAAGCUUGUUUGACCACUGGCCACCUAAGUGAGACAGACUGCAGUGGGCCAACUUCUCGACAGAGUGAGAUUUCUUUGGCUGAAAUGUCACCGGUGUUGCUCUCGGGUGAAAUUCCGCAAACUGAAAGUAUGUGUGAGGAGGCCGAGUCUCCGUGCAGCGCAGACAGCCUUUCGAGCUUCUCAGUUAGCUCUCCGGGGAGCUCAGAGUGCGAAGAGAAGGACAUUCAGAGCGAAGGAGAGCAGCCUGGCUCUCCUACUGAACAUGUUUCUGAUGCACCAUCAGCAUUCAGCGUCAAGGGUUUUGACUUGACUACUCAAAUUUGCAAAUGUACAACAACGACCGUAGCGGAAGUGCUUGUUCUUCUGCUGUCAUUUCUUGCAAAGCACCGGCCUACUGUGUCAGCCUUGGUUGACAUCCUGCAGCUCUUCAAUGUCGUGUUCCAGAAGGACAUCCUGCCUAGUACAAAGUACCUGUUCAACAAAGCAUUUUCCAGUCCCUCCCUCAUGAUGCAGUAUCACAUGUACUGUGAGUAUUGUCUAGGAUAUGUUGGCAUCCGAGAGCAGCUACGUUUGCAACAGUCAACAUGUCCACAUUGCCACCAGAAAUUUUCAGUGACAACUUCACCCUACUUUCUCAUGUUACCCCUUGCACCACAACUAAAGUUCAUGUUGGAAAAUCAACCAGGGUUGGUCCAGGAACUUCAAUACAGGAAUGAAAAGAAACACAAAAAUAUAUCCUGUCUUGAAGACAUCUUUGAUGGCACUCUGUAUCAGGAACUUUCCAAACCUGGUGGCCUCUUGUCUUUCUGUAACAAUUUUUCAUUUUCUUUUAACACUGAUGGAGCUCCAGUGUUCAAAUCUUCCCGUGCCUCUGUGUGGCCUAUUCAUAUCAUGCUAAAUGAACUACCACCAGUGUCCAGGGAAAAGAAUUUGCUGCUGGCAGGCUUGUGGUAUGGUAAGGGGGAACCAAACAUGGAUAUGUUUCUGAAGUCGUUUGUCGAUGAUGCAAAGCAUCUGGCUACAAUAGGAGUUACAUGGAAGCAUGUUGAUGGUACCCUUAUUAAUAGUAAAUUCGUUGCAACCUGUUGCUGCGUAGACAGCGUUGCUCGUCCUGCGAUGCAAAAGUUAAUGCAGUUCAAUGGCUAUUAUUCUUGUGGGUGGUGUUACCACCCUGGUGAGAACGUAGGUAAUGUUGUCAAGUACCCUGUAGGCCCAGAAUGCUACCCCGACAGGACUAAUGAGACAAUGGAAAAGGAAAUGGAACAAGCAUUUGUAACGAAGACAACCAUUUUUGGUGUCAAGGGCCCGUCUGCAUUGAUAAACAUGCCAAAGUUUGGGAUAGUAUCUGGGUUCGUACCAGACUACAUGCAUGCUGUCCUUCUUGGGGUGGUACGGCAACUAGCAGAGCUAUGGUUCUCGUCUGUUGGUGAAAAGUUUUAUAUUGGAGAGCCCUCGACUGUAGCUAAAAUUAACAAGAGAUUAGAAAGGAUGUUUCCCCCCAAAACUGUUUCUCGACUGCCAAGGCCCAUUUCUGAGCGACGGUUCUGGAAGGCGUCGGAGUGGAAAUGCUGGUUGUUGUACUAUGCUUUUCCUUGCCUGGAUGGCAUUCUUCCAAGAAAAUAUCUUAAACAUUUUGCUUUGCUUUCACAGAGUGUGUAUGCUCUGCUCAAGGACUCUGUGACGCAUACAGAUGUGAAUAAUGCCGACCUUAUGUUGACCGAGUUUGUUUGUGGGAUGCAAGAGUUGUACACGAAAACGUCAAUGACAUAUAACGUCCAUCUUCUCACUCAUCUGCCGAAAAGCGUAAAAGAGUGGGGCCCGUUAUGGGCCCAUUCUGCUUUUGCAUAUGAAUCUGCAAACGGCUUUCUUUUAAAAUUAGCAAAAGGGACACGAAAAGUACCUCUGCAAAUAGCCAAGAGUUAUCUUUUGUACCGCUCUGUGUACUACUUCGUUAAAUGCUACAUCAGGCAACAAACAGUGCAAGAGUUUUGUGAGGGCUUGCUUGGGUCAAAGCGCUUAGUGCAUACAAUUGAGGUGGAGAAAUGCCACCUUAUUAGCAAAGGCUUAAAACAUGGAAGUAGCCACAAUUUUUUUGGUAGCUCUGUUGUUUUACCUGGCAGUGUCUGUACUGUGUAUAAAAGGGUGAUUGCAGGAGGUGAGUUGUUGCACUCUAAAGAAUAUGGUAAAUGCAAGCGUCGAAAUAAUUCCUUUGUACAAUUGAAAAACGGGUUGGGUGGAGAAAUAUUGAAAAUCUGUGUAUACAAGGAAAAUGGUGUUCACCGUUGUGUGCUACUUCUUGAAGAGUAUGUCUCGUCAAGAACGCUUCAUGUGACCCAUGUAAAUGAGUAUUAUUCUAAGCAGAAUGUGAGGAUUGUCUCAGCAGACAAUGUCUUGUCCAAAUUUGUUGUCAUGCGGUCAGGCAACAGGUUAUUUGCCAGCCUUUUGCCCAACUAUUAUGAAAAGGAGUAA